UUAUUAUCCGAUUGUAGAUGGAAUAUGGAUAAAAUAUUGAUUGUAUGAACUGCAGACGAUAAAAAUAUUUCUCGGCAAAGAAUCGAUAUUUUUAUCAACUAUAAACUAUUUCCAAAUUCGUAUGUGAAAAAGGAAUAUAUGAAAAAGAAAUGGGUUCCAAUUUGAGUUCAUUGAAAACCAUCAAACAAAAUGAAUACCUCACCAAAUUAAUAUCAAACGAACACAUUAGUCCGAAUGAUAAUAAAUUCUGGAAUGAAUUUCUUUCAUUUGCUUUCACCAAUCUGGAUGCAAUAUGUUCGGACAGUAAUUUUAUGAAUGAAAAUAUCAUUCCAUUGAUGUCAAAAUGGUUGGAGAAUAAUGCAGUUUCCCAGAAUCUUGGCUCUGUCAUUCAGGUGUUCAUACAGAAGGUUGGCAUUCUUAAGAAGGAUGUACAGAAUAAUGCAAACUAUAAUGUUGUCGUUUGGCAUGCCUAUAAUCUUUCGUUUAUCAUGCGAAACAUGUUCAAAUACAUGAUCGAAACAUUUGUCGAAGAUAAUAUGAUUAAACAAUGCAAACUUUGUUCGCCCAACGGAUUUAAAGUAGAAAAUCAACAACAACAACAACAAGAUGAGAAUAACGGUACAAUUAUGAUUGAAAAUUUGAUCAAUGCCUUGAUGGAAAUUCUGGUUGAUCUGAAACUUGACGACAUGAAUUAUAAUCUUCAUGUGGAAUCAUGUAAAAAUUUUCUCGUGUUGCUAUCUGUUCAAAUGUUUUUAUCACGGCCAUCGAUUAAAUCAGUCAUUUAUACUAUUGUGAUGCAAAGAAAAUGUUCCAUACAUGCCUUAUUGUUGACCAAAACAUUAUUGCAAAAUUUCAUACAUCAAAUGCCUGCACCUGUUCCGCCCACCGGUAGUAUUAUAUUUGGUCUAGCCACCGGAUUCUGGAAUGUAAUAACAUUAGGUUAUGGUAGUAAAAAAACCGAUGAAGAACUUAUUAAAGAAGCAAUUCUAGCUCGAGAAUCGCUUCUAUUAUUAUUGGUAUUAACAAAUCAUUGUACAAAAGAUAUUAAUCCAUAUCGUGAAGCAUUGUUUCAAUGUUGCGAUUCAAGUAUUGAGCUUCAAUCGACGACAACAAGUGAACAAAAUGUCACCGGUUUCAAGAUAGAAUUUGGUAAACUGUACCGAACACUUUGUACAACAUUGAAUGAUGAUCAGACAACAUUAUUGUUGUACAUGUUAUUACAUCAAAAUAGUCAUUUCAAAACAUUCGUAUUAAGUCGUACGACUGAUUUGGAUCAAUUUUUGAUUCCUGUAUUACGCAUACUUUACAAUUCACCCGAUCGUAAUUCACAUCAUAUUUAUAUGUCGUUAAUCAUUUUAUUGGUGUUGAGCGAAGAUAAUUUAUUCAAUUCAAUCAUUCAUGAUAUUAUUGUUCGAAACAUAACCUGGUAUACGGAACGAAAUUUGACCGAAAUUUCAUUGGGCGGUCUAAUCAUUUUGGUCAUAGUUCGAACCAUACAUUUCAACAUGUCUCGUAGUCGGGAUCGUUUUCUUCAUACGAAUCUAUGUGCAACAUUGGCCAACAUGUCGAAUCAUUUCAAACAUUUGCACAAUUUUGUUUGCCAAAAAUUGGUUGUUUUGUUUGAAAAGAUUUCGAAAAAAUAUUUCAAGCUUCAGCAACAGAAAAUUCAAAACGGUGUUGACAAUGAUCAUCAUAGUAGUGGCAGUAGUGGUGAGAACAAGACGACUACAAUAGUUAAAUCGGAUGGUGAUGCCGGUGAAUCAUCGUUGGCUGAUGAUCUUAAAGAUAUUACCUUGUUCGAAGAGGUAUUACGAACCAUUCUGGAGAUUAUUAAUGCUUCGUUGACAAAAAAUAUGGUGGCCAAUCCGAAUCUAAUCUAUACAUUAUUAUAUAACCGGAAAAAAUUUGAACCAUUUUUAAAUCAGACAAUAUUUCAGGAUAUUAUGGGCAAUAUUGAUACAAUAUUAUCAUAUUUUUCACAGAGAAUCGAUUCAACAUUACAGGAUCGACAAUUAUCGGUUGAGGAAAUUUUCGAACUAAUCAAACAGGCAUCAUUGAAUUGGCCAAAAGAAAAGAUGAAAAAAUUUCCUGAAUUAAUGUUUCGUUAUGUUGAGGAUGAUUCACCGGAGGAUUUUUUCAUUCCAUACAUCUGGUCAUUAGUAUAUCGCUGUUCGAAUAUUUAUUGGAAUGCACAGAAUAUAUUGCUAUUCAACCCGGUUCGCAAUCUAUGAAGAUAACCUUUAAAUUUUAAUACUAAAUAACCAUCUCGAGUAAUCAUUUCUUUCGACUUUAAAUUCCAAACUUUUCAUUGCGAAAAAAAAUCACUUUUUAUAUUUUUUCAAAUGGCGAAAAAAAUUACACGUUUUUUUCGUAAG